ACUUCAGCUCAAUUUUACAUCACCAUUGACUCAACUCUAGAAGAGAAUUCUCUCUGAACUGAGCAGAAUCCAAUAAAAUUACAGAUAGCUUCAAAAUUGUGUCGUUUGGGGAGCGUUUCGUUGAUACUGACUGAGAAUCAUAGAAUGGAAGACUCAGAACAGAGGAAAGGAAAGGUGAUGUCACUGUCGUCGUUGUUCCUGCCGGAGGAAACCCAGAAAGCAUCGGAGCGCGUCCAGGACACGAUCGCCGAGCGCCGCAAUCAACUCGACCAGCUGAAGAGCUUUGUUUCUGACAACACCAACCUCAUCAAUCUCGUCCAAACACUCCCCAAUGAACUCCAACACCAAAUUAUGGUGCCUUUCGGAAAGGCGGCGUUUUUUCCCGGCCGGUUGAUUCACACAAAUGAAUUUAUGGUUCUCCUUGGAGAUGGAUACUAUGCAGAAAGAACAUCCAAGCAAACAGUUGAAAUUUUGAAAAGGAGAGGAAAGAUUCUAGAGUCUCAAUUUGAAUCUCUCAAGGCUGACAUUCAGGACCUUAAAACUGAAGCUUCUUUUUUUAAUGCUACAGCUAAUGAGGCAGCGGGUGAUCUUGUAGAAAUAGUUGAAGACUAUGUGGAGGAAAAUCCUAUGGCUGAGGUAUCUAAAGCAGGUGAAUCAAAAGCUGAUUUUCCCAGUUCAUCUGAGGCUGAAACUACCAGAAUUGGAUAUCAAGAUGAUGAAUAUGCUCAUAUAUUCUCCAGAAUUGAUGAACUUGAAAAAGAAGAAGAAGAUGCUGAGAAGGAUGAUGAUGAUCUAGAUCACACUACAGAUCAAAGAGAUUAUGAAACGGGGGUGUAUGGCUCAAAGGUGACAUCUGUGCAUCAAGAUGGUUCAUCACAUGGUGGACCGCAAGCUUCCAGUAAACCAACUGAGAAGGCUUUGGAGCUUCCUGAAAUAAAGGAUGUUAUCCAGGGUCCAGCUGUAACUAAAAAAGUGGGUUUUGUUCAGACAACAGAAACAAGUUCCAGUAGUAGUGGUAGCAAGGCUUUUACUGGUUCGAUUGUGGAGCACACCCAUAAUCUUGAGACAAACCCAAGGGAACCGACCGUUGCACCUAGCGCUAAGCCAGUCUCAAGAUUCAGGAUGAGUAGGAAGUAGCUAAUGAUAUGAGAAAAAUGCCUCGAGCAGAAUUAUGAGUUUUGCCCUUUUUUUGGAAAACAGGUUGAUGUUCGUACCAUGAAAGACAACAAUAUUUAUACCAACAUCUGUAAGACCAA